CAGCGCCAGCUCCGAGCAGGAAUAACAACAACAGCAGUAGCAGCGUCCCGUCGAGUCCUGCCCGCGAUGUCGCGUCUCUGGUCCGCGCCGCCUUGCCUCCUCCUGCUGGCCUUCUGCUGCUGUUGCUGCUCCGCGUCCCUUGGCGAGCCCUCGCCCUCCGCCGGCUGCCCGCCGUGCGCCCCGUCGUCCGAGUGCCCGCCGCUGCCGGCCCGGGGCUGCCCUCUGGGCAAGGUCCGCGACGGCUGCGGCUGCUGCUGGCAGUGCGCGCGCGGCGAGGGCGAGGCGUGCGGCGCCGGGCUGCCGUCGGUGCCCGCCGUCGGCUGGGGCCGCUGCGCCACCGGCCUGGAGUGCCGCCGUCGGCGCAAGGGCCAGCCGGGCGUGUGCGCCUGCAAGAGCCGCUACCCGGUGUGCGGCAGCGACGGCCUCACCUACCCCAGCGGUUGCCAGCUGCGGGCGGCCAGCUUGCGCGCCCAGAGCCGUGGCGGGCGCCCCGUCGAGCAGCGCAGCAAGGGGCCUUGCGAGCAAGGACCGUCCAUUGUGACACCCCCAAAAGACAUCUGGAAUGUGACGGGGGCCCAGAUUUACCUGAGUUGUGAGGUCAUUGGCGUUCCAACCCCAGUGCUUACUUGGAACAAGAUAAUAAAAGGCCAAUAUGGCGUCCAAAGAAUGGAGCUUCUUCCAGGAGAUCGGGACAACUUAGCCAUCCAGACUCGUGGUGGUCCUGAGAAACAUGAAGUGACUGGUUGGGUAUUGAUAUCCCCUUUGAGCAAGGAUGAUGCUGGAGAAUAUGAGUGCCAUGCACUGAAUUCCAAAGGAGAGGCAACAGCUUCUUCAAGAAUUACUGUGGUUAAUUCUUUACAUGAAAUACCCACAAAAAACAGGAGAUAGUGCUGAACUGUGAGAUCUGAAGAUUCUAUAUUGCACAUGAAGUAGUAGAGGCUAUCUCAUCUAUGCCAGGUUUAUGUUAAUCUCCUGGAAAACUGCUGUGUUUAUUUCCCCUUCAUGCCACCUCUAUAGUUAUUCAUCCCUUGUAUUUUUUUUUUGCCAAAGUAUCAAUAAAGUAUUUUACAAUGGA